GCCGGAGCCUGGGUCCCUCCCCGACUCCUCUCCCUCGGCUCCCGCUCGCUCAGCAGCCUCUGCAGCCACCCCAGCUUCAGCCUCCGCCCGGGCUCCUUCCAGCCGCCACCAUGAGCCAGUCGUACUCCUCCAGCCAGCAGCGGGUCUCGUCCUACCGCCGCACCUUCGGCGGGGGCUCCCCGGCCUUCUCCCGCUCCUCCGUGGGGGGCAGCAAGGGCCUGGCCAGCUCCGUCUCCUCCCGGGUCUACCAGGUGUCGCGCGGCCCCGCCGUGCCCAGCCUGGCCAGCCUGCGUGUCACCCGCGUGGCCCCCGUGCGCUCCUACCAGGGCGGCGGGGAGCUGCUGGACUUCAGCCUGGCCGACGCCCUGAACCAGGAGUUCCUGCAGACCCGCACCAACGAGAAGGUGGAGCUGCAGGAGCUGAACGACCGCUUCGCCAGCUACAUCGAGAAGGUGCGCUACCUGGAGCAGCAGAACGCCCUGCUGGUCACCGAGGUCAACCGGCUCAAGGGCAAGGAGCCCACCCACGUGGCCCACCUCUACGAGGAGGAGCUGCGCUCCCUGCGCCUGCAGGAGCAGCACGUCCAGGUGGAGAUGGACGUGUCCAAGCCAGACCUGACGGCCGCCCUGCGCGACAUCCGCGCCCAGUACGAGAGCAUCGCCGCCCAGAACAUCUCGGAGGCCGAGGAGUGGUACAAGUCCAAGGUGUCCGACCUGACCCAGGCCGCCAGCAAGCACAACGACGCCCUGCGCCAGGCCAAGCAGGAGAUGAUGGAGUAUCGGCACCAGAUCCAGUCCUACACCUGCGAGAUCGACGCCCUCAAGGGCACGAACGACUCCCUGAUGCGGCAGAUGCGGGAGCUGGAGGAGCGCUUUGCCGGGGAGGCGAGCGGCUACCAGGACACCAUCGCGCGGCUGGAGGAGGAGAUCCGGCACCUGAAGGACGAGAUGGCGCGGCACCUGCGCGAGUACCAGGACCUGCUCAACGUCAAGAUGGCGCUGGAUGUGGAGAUCGCCACCUACCGCAAGCUGCUGGAGGGCGAGGAGAGCCGGAUCAGUCUCCCCAUCCAGACCUUCUCGGCGCUCAACUUCCGGGAGACCAGCCCAGAGCAGCGGGGCUCAGAGGUUCACACCAAGAAGACCGUGAUGAUCAAGACCAUAGAGACGCGUGAUGGGGAGGUGGUGAGCGAGGCCACGGAGCAGAAGCACGAGGUGCUGUAGAUGGCGCCGGCCGGGCGGCUGCGGAGAGACGAUUGGCACCGUCCGUCCCCGCCGAUGCCCCCAUCUCACCCCACUCCUGCCCCAGCCCCUCCUCCAUUGUCCCCAGGGCAUAACUUCCCCCGCCUGCCUCCCCCCACACCCCCAUCUCUCUCCUGCUUCUGAAGUGCUGUGUUGGGAGCUCGCCUGGGGGGCCCAGAGUCAGAAGUGGGGCUGGGUGUGGGGAGCAGGGGGACACAGGGCCGCAGCUCGGGGGUGGGGGAAGGGGGGGCCAUUGCAGGCUCCCAGCAGCAGAUUCUGCAUCCCAGCCCCGUGUCCCCUGUACUCACGCGCACCUUCCCUGCACUCCCAGGGCCUGGCAGGGGCCUGCCUCCGCCCUGCCCAGCCUGGGAGGGGAGAUGGAGACUGGCCAGCCCCCCGCGACCCCCAGCCUGGACCAAAGCCAUGGAGCUCCCCGUAGUGCCCAUCGCCCGGGGAACUGGGGCUGCUGCCGGCUCCGUGGGAUGGCGAGGAUGGGGCGGCCCCGGCCCCCAGGAGUGUGCCAGGGUCAGGCUGGGGGAGUCUGCAGGAGGCUCCCCACGGGCAGGGAGCAGGGCGCGGUGGGACCCGCGGGAGCCUAGAGAGGAUCCGGGUAAGUGAAGGAAGCAGGCGAGGGAGAGAGAGGCAGAGAGAGAUGGACAGAGGCCAAGGGGCUGGGGGCACCGCACCCCCACCCGGCCCCCGCCCCACAGCGUGUACGCGACUCCCCCAGGCUGCUGAAAUAAACAACGGAGCACGA